UCUCUCCUCUCUACUUCAGUUACACUUGCACUGAGAAAAAAGAAAGGUCAGAAAUUUUCUCGCCAGAGAAAACGUAAUGUAAAAUUCUCUCUUUCUGAGAAUUUAAGUAAGGACUUAAACUUGAAGGUUUCCGAUCAAUCUCACCGUACGGGAGUAGCGUCCUUAAUUUAAUUUUCAUCAAAUUUACUGAUUUUCUGUGCAUUAUUGGUUGAUUAGCUCGCCUUAGGGUUUGUGAAGCGCAGAUCCUUCGGAAUAGUUUCGUAGUUUUUGAUCCAUUAUACUGACGAUAGCGAUUUACAGUGGCCAUUUUGUUUUAAUUUCAAAACAAAAUAUGGCACAAAAUAAUUGGGAAGCCGAUAAAAUGCUGGAUGUCUACAUCCAUGAUUAUUUUUUAAAAAGAAAAUUGCAUACAUCUGCGAAAGCGUUUAUGACUGAAGGGAAGGUUGCCAUGGAUCCAGUAGCAAUUGAUGCACCGGGAGGAUUUCUGUUUGAAUGGUGGUCUGUUUUCUGGGACAUAUUCAUUGCUAGGACAAAUGAAAAGCAUUCUGAGCCUGCUGCUGCUUAUAUUGAGGCCCAGCAAAUUAAGGCGAGGGAGCAACAACAGCUUCAAUUGCAGCAGUUGCAAUUCGUACAGCAACGUAAUGCUCAAUUACAACGAAGGGAUCCUAAUAAUCCUGGUCUUGGAGGUCCUAUAAAUGCUAUAAACUCCGAAGGAGUGAUGGGGCAGUCAUCAGCCAGUGUGUUAGCCAUGAAAAUGUAUGAAGAACGCAUGAAACACCCUCACUCAAUGGAGUCUGAGACAUCUCCAGCACUUAUUGAUGCAAAUAGGAUGGCCCUUCUGAAAUCAGCAACCAAUCAUCAAGGCCAGUUGGUACAAGGUAAUUCUGGGAAUAUUGCAGCUUUACAACAAAUCCAGGCACGGAAUCCUUUGACCGCUGAAAUCAAAAGCGAAGUUAACAUCGGUGCACCCCAGAAAAGUUUGCCUAUGGAUCCUUCGUCAAUUUAUGGACAAGCAAUUAUGCAGUCAAAAUCUGGACUUGGAGUCCCAGGAUUGAAUCAAGGCGUCACUAGUCUUCCUUUGAAGGGUUGGCCCUUAACUGGCAUUGACCAUCUAAGACCAAGCUUGGGCAUACAAGUACAGAAGCCUAAUUUGCCUUUGCAAAAUCAGUUCCUUCUGUCAUCACAGCAACAACAAGUCUUGGCACAGGCUCAGGCUCAAAGCAACCUUGGAAAUGCAGCUAAUUACGGAGAUUUGGAUCCUCGUAGGUUUUGUGGACUGCCUAGGGGCGGCGUGAAUGCAAAAGAUGGUCAAUCCACAAGAAACGAGGGAUCUAUGUGCUCACCAGUGCAAUCAAGCUCCCCAAAGAUAAAGAUGUCCCCGAGGCAACAUCCUUCCUCUCAACAACAACAUCAAGUGCAACAACAGCAGCUGCAACAGAAUAACAGAAAAAGGAUACAACACUCGUCUUCUGGACCUGCCAAUAGCACUGGUACAGGAAACACAGUUGGCCCUUCACCAAGCUCUCCACCAUCAACACACACACCUGGUGAUGGAAUAAACACAACGGUGCCAAAAAGCUUGUUGAUGUACGGUUCAGAAGGAACCGGAGGUCUGGCUUCUUCAAAUUUGCUGGAAGACAUAGAUCGAUUUGGGGAUGUUAAUUCUUUAGAAGAAAAUGUGGAAUCAUUUUUGUCGAAUGAUGGAGAUAGAAGGGACCUAUAUGGAACAAUAAAACAGAGUCCUCCUGAGCUCCAGAGAGAGCCUUCUAAAGGUUUUACUUUCGGUGAAGUUGGUUGCAUACGAACCAGAAAUAGUAAAGUUACUUGCUGUCACUUUUCUUCUGAUGGCAAGUUGCUAGCAAGUGCUGGUCAUGACAAAAAGGUUGUUCUAUGGAACAUGGAUACCCUGCAAACGGAGAGUACACCUGAAGAACACAAAUCAGUUAUUACUGAUGUUCGCUUCAGACCAAAUUCAACUCAGCUAGGAACAGCUUCGUUUGAUCAAUCUGUGAAAUUAUGGGAUGCAGCCAACCCAAACUAUCCUUUACAAGCAUAUACGCUGCAUAGUUCACCUGUUAUGUCCCUUGACUUCCACCCUAAGAAAACUGAGCUGUUCUGUUUCUGCGAUCAUGAAAACGAAAUUCGCUACUGGAAUAUCAAUCCAUUCUCCUGUGUUCGUAUUUCGAAGGGAGGCACUACGCAAGUUAGAUUUCAACCAAGAGUUGGUAAUCUAUUGGCGGCAGCAUCAGAUAAAGUAGUGGCCAUCUUCGAUGUUGAAACUGACAAGCAAAUACACUCAUUCCAGGGACACUCUGAAAUGGUAAAUUACAUAUGUUGGGAAGCGAACGGAGAUUAUUUGGCAUCCGUAAGCCAGAACUGGGUGAAAAUUUGGUCAUUAGCCACAGGAGAUUGCAUUCAGGAGCUCAGCUCCAAUGGCAACCAGUUUCACUCUUGUGUUUUUCACCCAAGUUACUCGACUCUCUUAGUUAUUGGAGGAAUUUCUUCUUUGGAGCUGUGGAACAUGGCUGAGAAUAAGAGCAUGACAAUUACAGCACACGAAGAUAUUAUCUCAGCUUUGGCUCAGUCACCUGUCUCCGGGAUGGUGGCAUCCGCAAGUCAUGACAACUCUGUUAAGUUGUGGAAGUAAGUUUCCGAGCGUUCGCUGGCAAUAUCUCAUUGGAGACUUCGGCGUUUCUUGUGAUCCCAGGGAAAUCUAGAGACGGUGGUCUGCAAUAUUUUGUAAUCAUAAACAUUGUAAUUUUCAGUCCUUAAAUUCGUCGACUGGUAAUAUUUCAUCGUGGUAAUGUUUUGGUUGAAGAUGGUGAAAAGCGUGUAGGAAGCGGCGUGUUUGGUUGGUGGACGAUGAGUGAGUGCAGUUAGUGGUUUUAAUUUUUCUCAUUGGCAAUAUCCGGUUCAAUUUCACAGCUGCAUGAACAAUUUUGCUCCAACAUUUAACUUUUUGGGAUUAAAACUCAUAGGCUUGUCAUUGGAGGCCUUGAAUUAAAUAUUGACCAUGAUA